AUGUCCGAUAUCGACGCCGACGCCGCAGCUUCGUUUCUCGAUCCUCCUCCCUUGAACGGCGGGGACGACGAAGAUGAUGAGGUCGACUCGCUGCCCUCCGAUGAGCCCGAUUCCGACGAAGAUACAGAUGAUGAGGAUUACAAUGGAGAGUCUGACGCAGAAAGAGAGUGGAAAGAGAGUUUACAGCAACUCGAACUGUUGCUUACAAUGGUGAUCGUACCCUACAUGGGCAAAUACUUUGGACGGAAGUUUGCAUACUGGGGAUGGAAGCAGUUUAUGGAGUGGAAAUAUCCCGUUGAAAUUGUGGUGACGAACAAGGCGGCCUUCCAAGGAGUCGGUGCAGUCGAAGCCGCUGCCUCAUUAUGA